AAAGGUGAGAUCAAACAAAAAAUUAUUGUGAAGUCAACAUAACAGAAUGUAGAAAAUUAUGGGGCCUCAACCGAUAUGGCUUUCCCCGUUCCAUUGUUUGUAUGCCUUUCCUGUUAUUUUUACUCCUUUAAAAGGAUCUCCUUUCCAUAUGAUACUAUCGAUUUGGUGAUCACUCAUUUGUAAAAAUAACAAGAUAAUAUCUCAGGUUCACUGCAAUUGAGUCAAGUAACUACCUUGUAAAUUUGAUCCAAAAAUGAAAUAUUAUUUCAACUGUUUUAUUAUUCUAUAUAUCAAGUAAUGACACAUUCAAUAUUUAUGAUAUUUUCCCUACCAACAUUAUUUGGCAAGAUUUGGAAGAAUGAAUUAUAUUUAUUACAUUGGGAUUGCAUAGUUAUUUGCCUAUACAUAAGUGUAACAACUUGCCUGUUUUGUUAGACUGGUUAGUUUUGUUAUCAAACAUGAGAUUCAAAUUCCAUUGGAAGCAAGUUGAGAAUUUAUUAGUACUAAAUGAUAUAAAUCAAUAGCAGUUUGAAGCGAGCUUUUCACAAAUAGAGAGGAUGGAGGACAAAGUACAGAAUUAAGGAAAGGCAGAGACAAAGAAAAAAGCUUCAUCACUUUCAACAAGUCAAUCAGAUGGUGGUGAUGGGAUAGAGGAUAAGGCAGAAAAGUAAAUGGAUCAACCAUCAAGAUGCAGAUGCUCAUAGACAAAGAUAUGUCCAAACAAAAAGACUCCAAGCACCAACUACCAAAUGUAGUAGCAAAACUAAUGGGGCUUGAAACCCCUCCAAGGGGAGAGCCUAAUUUAUCUGUAGAGAGAAGCCACAGAAGCGAUUAUUCUCAACAUAUGUAUGGUCCUAUAGGGCUUCCAUUCAAGCAUUGGCAGCAGGAAGAUGGGUUUAUGGAUAUGGAAAUGCUUCAUGAAAUUCAUCCAAGCACAGAACAGGUUUCUUACAAAGAUAUGUAUGAAAUAUGGCAGCAAUCUCAGAGAGCAACCUAUGUAAGGGGCAAGAUACCAGAUAGAGGAAAGCGGAAUGAAGAAGUUGAUGGGAAAAGAAUGGCUCUCAUUCGUCAGAAAUUCAUGGAAGCAAAACGUAUGUCAACAGAUGAGAGACUGCGCCAUACCAAACAAUUCAAAGAAGCCUUGGAAGUUUUAAGCUCCAAUAGUGAUCUCUUAGUCAGGUUAUUGGAUUCUCAAAAUGUUUAUGAAUUUUACUCAACUCCACCAAAUGAGACAAAACGUGUCACCCUCAUUAAACCUUUGAAGAUGAUUGACAGUGUCAAUGACAAAUCUUCCAGUAAGGAGAAAAAAAAUAGUAGACUGAUUAAGAAACCAGCAAGAGUUGAUCAAGCAGCUGUAUGGGAAAACAAGAAUCCUGGAAACUCUCCAGAUAGUCAGAAAGUUGAUGAUUCUCCAGUUAGAACCACUCGAAUAGUGUUACUAAAGCCUAGCCCUGGGAGGACACAUGACCAAAAGGCAAUGAUUUCUCCAACAACUUCAUCACCACUGAAUCUGAAAAGUGGAAGUUUCCAUCAGGGACCUGAAUAUGAAGAUGUACUAGAAUCCAUUAGAGUGGCAAAGGAGAUCACACAGCAAAUGCACAAAGGCCUUAGGAGCUAUCAAAAGGAUAAGACUCCUCAUUCUUCAGUGUUUUCCAAUGGCUUUUCUGAUGAUGAGAGUUCAUUCAACAAAUCUUAUCAUGAAUAUGCAUCGGCGCAUUUCAGCGAUUUGGAAGCUAUGUCACCAUUGCCAAGGCUUUCAUGGGAUUACACAAAUGGCUGUGGCAGUCCUUAUUCUACAAUGUCCUUGGGUCGAGUGUCUUGCUCUCCUGAGUCAUCAGUGUGCAGAGAGGCAAAGAAAAGACUUUCUGAAAGAUGGACUAUGAUGACAUCAGAUAAUAAGGGUCACCAAGAACAAAGGCAAUCUACGAGAAGCUCUACCUUGGGUGAGAUGCUUUCUCUUACUCAUAAAAAGAAAUCUGUAACAUCUGAUGUUGAGAGUAUUAAUGAAGACCAAGAACCUGGCAAAUAUGUUUCUUGCAGCCAUUCUUUCAAUGCAGAAAUAAGCAUUGAGGGCUCUCCUAAAACUCUUCCCAGGUCAAAUUCUGUGCCUGCAUCUUCUACUGUCUAUGAAGCUGUUGUUGAUCACAAUACUGGGAAAGCACAGGGCUCCAAGGCGCGGACAAAGUCAAAGAGUAUGAGAUCAUCACUUAAAGGGAAAGUUGCCAGUUUCUUGUUCUCAAGGAGUAAGAAAUCAACCAAGAAAAAACCAAGUCCAUCUCAAUCUACUCCUACUGCCACCGAAACAUUAGUUCUUCCAGCAAAUUCACCUGAAGUCCUCAGGGAUGAUGUCUCUCAAAGCAUCAAUGUGGAUCGUUUUGAAGAGUGUUCUCUUGCAGAUCUAUGUGAAUCAUCAGGGAAAACUAAAACAGAUUUGGUCUCUAACAGACAAGAAGAAGAAGACAUGAUUACACUAGAGCCUGGAUUCACUGUGCCAAGGCCCAUGAUGUCAGAGAUUAAUUUAAACGAUAACCCGGAUCAGCCUAGUCCAAUCUCAGUGUUACAACCUCCAUUUGAAGAUUAUAAUAGUAAUGCAUCUCAUGAGUCCUUGAACAGCACGAAGAGUGGUCAACUAGGAUCACAGGUGUUACUGAAGUCCAAUUUAAUUGACAAAUCACCACCUAUAGAAUCAAUAGCUAGGACCCUAUCAUGGGAUGAUUCUUGUGCUGAAGUAGCAAGCCCCUAUCCAUUAAAACCCUUGAUGGUUUCUUCCUUGGACUCCAAGGUAGAGGAACACGAGUGGCUACUCUUGGUCCACAAACUACUAUCAGCAGCUGGACUUGAUGAUCAACACCAAUACGACUCGUUUUACACUAGAUGGUAUUCACUUGAAAGUCCAUUGGACCCAUCACUGAGGGACACAUAUGCCAAGGAGCCUAUGCCAAUGCAUGAGGGCAGAAGAAGGAAGAUGAGAUCAAACCAUAAACUUGUGUUUGACUAUGUCAAUUCUGCACUAUUGGAAAUUGUUGGUUAUGGAUCAGAGAAAAGUUGCUUAAAGAGCAGUGGGAGCCACUACAGGGUCCUAGUCCAAGAGGGUGCAUCAACCUUAUUGGUGGACCACAUUGUGGCCCAAAUGAAGAAAUUAAUAGCAAGUGGGAUGAAGAGUGAGUGGGAGGGUGGUGGGGACAGCAACAGCCUGGUGGUAGAAAAUGUUGUCAGAAAAGAGGUGGUGCAAAUAGGGUGGGUUGAGCUUAUGGAAUUAGAGAUUGAUGUUUUGGGGAAGGAGAUUGAAGGAGAAUUGAUUCAAGAGCUUGUGGAGAAUGUGGUGGUUGAUUUUACAGGAAGGGAUUGAAUCCCUCUUGAGCCUUUCUGCUUUUGAUUUUUAAAUUAAAUAAAUAUUGUAAGUUUAUUAUGGUUGCAUUUGAUCAUCCACUUUGUGCUACUCACCUAAUUUAUUAAAUUCUAUGCUACCAAUAAAUUUGUAGUUAUUUGCUAUU